AGAAACGAGAUUCUAAAAUUGUUUACUUUCAGAAAAUUUCAUCAUAAUGAAUAUCUUCUUGCUUUUCUUGCUGUUUUCGUGGGUGCUUUUGAGUUUCAUUGUUCGAGGUAAUAAUGGCGCUGUUCAACAUGAAAUACAACUUGAGGAGUACCCGUACCUGGUGUCACUACACUUGGUAAACUUUGGUCAUCUCUGCACAGCAACGAUAAUUUCCAAGAAGUUAGUGUUAACGGCUGCUCACUGCUUGUACGACUUUAAGAAAAAAGAGUUCCUGGACCCGGCAGACCUGAGGCUCGUGUACGGUGCCCAGGAGAUGGACAGCUCGCUGGACUACAUCUACCAGCCAGAGACAGAGGUGCGGUUUGUGGUCAGCACGUACAUCCACCCGAGGUUCGACGUGGACAACUUCUUCCAGGACAUCGCGAUGGUCAAUGUGGACGCGCCGUGGGACGAGCGAGCCAAGCUCGUAACGUUACCUUCGUUCCACGUCUCGCGCUCAGCGCUGCCUGAGGGGUACGUGUGCCACGUGGUCGGCUGGUGGUCCGCCGGCAAGUGCGGUGGCGUGAAGACAGUGCUGCCAUCUCUGAUCAGCGGAGAACAACACCCGCAACUGGACUUGCAGCGGCAAGAGCAGUUUUUGACCGCAAAGAUGGCGCAGAAGGUUAUACUAGACGCAGUCAACUGCACCAACUUGAGUGAAAGUUCCAGGCUUGUGCAUGAGUACAUCACCAUCUGCACAUACAAGGAAGACAAGAGCAGUUGCGAUGGCGACGCGGGAGCCCCGCUCAUCUGCGACAACCUGCAGGUGGGCAUAUUGUCGUGGGGGCUGGGGUACAAGGAGAACGGCAAGGCCAUGCCCCUCGUGUACGCUCGGGUCAACGACUACUUACCUUGGAUAAAAUUUGCCAUUGACGUCUUCGAGUCGGAGGCUGUGAUGGCGGGACCUCACGUGGUUCUCCUCGCACUCCCCAUGCUGCUGGCGGUGCUCGAGGUCACCCUCUGAAGCGACGCUGCCAUGCCCGCCGACCGCUCCAGGAACUGCGUCGACUGCCUUCCACCGCAGCUCGCAUGUGUACUGAGAACAAUACAAAUUAUGAAUGUAUUACUUAUCGUCGAUA